UGGGUAUGGCCAGUGGGGCUCAGGCAGGAGCCAGCCUCCUACUAAAAGGUUGAAACAAUCUCUCCUUGUCCAUAGUGGGGGUACAAAAGACAGCCCUUGGGGGUAAGGGACACUGAGGCUUUUGUUCAUUUAGCUUAGCCUGGCCUCCAGUCAGCAGCCCGGCAGUCUGCACAUGAUUAGGGAAUAGGUGGAGCCUUCUGGCUCUGCCAUUGUCUCCCAGCCCUAGGCUGCCGGGGCCAGCUCCGGGAGAAGUAGCACCUUUGAACGCUGGCUGGAUCAUCAGAGCUGGACCAGGAGGGAGAGUCCCGCGCCUGCGCCUGGAUCUGACCUCCCAGGCAGCCAGGGGCCCUGUCGGGCUGGAGCCUGAUUGGGAGCUGGAGGCAGGGGCAGCCGGCUGGCCCACAAGGACCAUGGGGAAUGGCAUGAACAAGGUUCUUCCUGGACUCUAUCUAGGCAACUUCAUUGAUGCCAAAGACCCAGACCAGCUGAGCAAGAAUAAAAUCACACACAUCAUCUCCAUCCAUGAGUCUCCCCAGCCCUUGCUGCAGGACAUCACCUAUCUCCGGAUCCCAGUGCCUGACACCCCUGAAGUCCCUAUUAAGAAGCACUUCAAAGAAUGCAUCAACUUCAUCCACUAUUGUCGCCUCAGUGGAGGGACCUGCCUCGUGCACUGCUUUGCGGGCAUCUCCCGAAGUGCCACCAUCGUGACAGCCUACGUGAUGACAGUGACGGGACUGGGCUGGCGUGAGGUUCUGGAGGCAAUCAAAGCCGUCCGCCCCAUCGCCAAUCCCAACCCAGGCUUCAAGCAGCAGCUAGAAGAAUAUGGCUGGGGCAACGCCCGGAAGCUGCGCAGGCAACUAGAGGAGAGGUAUGGAGAGAGUCCGUUCAACGAUGAAGAGGAGAUUCGGGCCUUGCUACCCCUGUGCAAGCGCUGCCGGGAGGCAUCCCCAUCGGGCAGCGCUGAGGGCACCCUGCAGAGACUGGUCCCCCGAGCCCCUCGAGAGGUCCGCAGGCCUCUCCCCCUUCUCACCCGAGUCAAGCAGACUUUCUCCUGCAUCCCCAGGUGUCUGUCCCGGAAAGGGGGGAAGUGAUGGCUGUAAGUUCCAUCCAGGCCCUUAUUUGCAAAGCUGAGUUGGGUGGGAGUCAGGCUCAGGACCCAGGAGCAUCAAGACAGAGAACUGGAAGGAUGGACAAGAUUGGGCUGCGGCAGAGACGCACAGCUGGGAUCAGCCUUGUGGUUUGGAGCGGUGCAGAUACCUCUGCCUGCCCUGAAGAAGAACAGAUCAUUCCUGGGCGCUGGGAACUGGCUACGCCUAUUCCUGUCGAUGGUUUCUCCUUCCCACCCAUUUGUGUCUCUCCCCUGUCUCUUGUCUCCUCCCUCCUGUCUCCAUGUCUCUGUUGGCUGCCUAUGGCCCCUAAUUACCAUAGGGUCCAAAGGAAGGUCCUAGUCUCCCUCACCCCAUAAAAGAUGGUCCCAGAUCUGAGCUUCUGGGUCAUGCCACCCGAUUCCCUGGGUCCCACACGUCUGGGUCUGGUGUCUGUGAGUCUGUCUCCUGUCUGCGUCUGUCUCUAUGUCUGGUCUGAUGAGGCCCUGCUGCAGUAACUGGUGCCUUAGCUCUUGGGGAGAUCCAGUCUGCCCAGACUGACUGAGCCCCUGCCUUACUAAGGAAAGGCGCUCCUAAGAUUUGGAGCUGUAUAAGACCUUGAAGAUAGACCGUCCAGGCCCCCCUCUUCAUCUCACAAACAGGGAACCCGAAGGCCAGAGAAGUAAAGAGAGUUGUCCUAGGUAGUGAGUGGCAGGGACAAAUUCUAAUGCAGCUCCCCUGUCCCCGACUCCAGAUUCAGAGCUCAGAGACAGCAUCCCUGGGGGAGAGUGGAACAGGGUGGGUUUGGUAUGGGGGCCCAGGGGAGCCAAGGGGGAUGGGCAGAGCAAGAGAGGCUGAAAAUCAGGGUGCAUGGAGAUAAGAUUAAAAACAGACUGAGAAUGUAUUGGAAGCCAACGAGGAGCUUUCUCAGUGAUACUACGGGUAUUGUUAUCCCCAUUUCACAGAUGAGAAAGUCUGAGAAAGGUUAAGUGACUUACAAAUAACUAGUGAAUGUCAGAUAUGAGACCUGAACACUCGCCUCACCUGACUCUGAGUCUGACAUUACAGAAGAGGAGACUGAGGCCCAGGAAAAGAAAGGGACUUGCCCAAAGUUAGAACCAGAGCCAAAGUUGAACUCUUUUUCUGAUUGCAAAUUUAGAGCCCUGGGAAACCUCUGAGAACACCAGUUGGGUCUCCAACCUCUUUCUAAUCUACCAGCUCAGGUGGAGGCUGGAAUCCUAGAGGAAAGGAAGGCAAUGCAUAAACAAAGUAAUCUUUUGGCGACUUAAGAGGGUUAAGUAAGAAAGAGGAUUUCCUACAGCCAAAACUGAAUUAGCAACUAAAGGGGCUCUGGAGUGGCCCAGGAUUCCCAGACACCCCCCAAUCCACUGGAACUAGUCCAAUCCUUGACAAUGAACCUCCAAUACCUUCACAGCCCUCAUUCCCCUGAGCCAUCACCCUCAUUGAACCUCAUCCUCAGUCACAGAGUCCCCUUUCUCCCACUCAAAAAGCUCGUUGUUUCACCAAACACCUUAAUUAUCUUAUCUUUUUAAAAUAAGGUUGGUUGAUGCUUGUGACAUCACAGUCCUUUUUGGAUAUCCUUCAUUCCUUCCUACCUCCCCAUCUCUGAAUGUGCGCUCUCUUAAGAAAAAGAAAAACAGUUAAAGAAACCCAACCAAUGGAAUGACCUUUUCUGGCAGCGUACGCAACGUUCUUCCUUGAUAGUCCCCAUGUCUCUACCAGAAAAGAGGAAGAUGCUUCCUUAUUUAAUCUUGGGUCCAGGGGCAGCUAGGUGGCGCAGUGGAUAGAGCACCGGCCCUGGAGUCAGGAGGACCUGAGUUCAAAUCUGGCCUCAGACACUUAACACUUACUAGCUGUGUGACCCUGGGCAAGUCACUUAACCCCAAUUGCCUCACUUAAAAAAAAAAAAAUCUUGGGUCCAAGAUUGGUCGUUACAAUGACAUAGAAUUGGACUUCAUUUUGUUGGGAGUUUUGUUUGUUUGUUUACAUGGUUAUAGUCAUUGUGUAUAUUAUGUUUCUGUUCUUUCUGCAUCAAUUCAUACAAGUCAUCCCACGUUCUCUGAAUUCCUCAUAUUGGUUAUUUCUUACCAUGCAAUAAUAUCCAUUACAUUACACACAUGUACCACAAUUUGUUUAUCCCUUACCAAAUGGGCACAUGUUUAUUUCUAGUUUGGUUUGUUGUUUUGUUUUGUUUUUUAUAUACCACAAGAAAAUGAUGGUUCAAAUUUUUUGGCAUGCAUGGGGCCUUUCUGUCUUUGACCUCUUUGGAGUAUAUGCCAAGUAAUAUAAUGUCUGGGUCAAAGGGUAUGAAGAAUUUAGGGACUUUUCUCACAUAAUUGUAAAUCAUUUUCCAUUAUGGUUGGAUCAAUGCACAAUUCUAUCAAUAGAGUAUUAAUGUGCCUAACCUCCCACAGUCCCUCCAACACUGACUCUGUCUUUUGUCAUCUUUGGCAAUUUCUUGAGUGUGAGAUAAAACUUCAGAGUUGUUUUGAUUUACAUUUC